AUGGAGGCCGCUGCAGCCUUAGCCCCUGUGAUCAUCGGAGACCGUCGGAAACGUCAGGAGCUGGAGACCGUGGCCCUGAGCAGGGCUUUGCAGCCACGGGCGCGGCGUGAGCCGUGGCUGCUGGUGUUCACGACCCAGGAAGGUUAUGGGUUGAAACCUUCCGUGGUAUCUCAUGCAUUUCUCUCCUGCCUCCAGAUUACAGGACCUGAUAAUAAAGGAAUCUAUAAAGGGGACCGAGAGUCCAGUGGGAAAUACACAUUUGCUGCUCACAUGGAUGGAACAUACAAGUUCUGUUUUAGCAAUAGGAUGUCCACCAUGACUCCAAAGAUAGUGAUGUUCACCAUUGAUAUUGGGGAGGCCCCGAAAGGACAAGACAUGGAAACAGAAGCUCAUCAGAACAAGCUAGAAGAAAUGAUUAACGAGCUAGCAGUGGCCAUGACAGCUGUGAAGCAUGAACAGGAGUACAUGGAAGUUCGGGAGAGGAUACACAGAGCAAUCAACGACAACACAAACAGCAGAGUGGUCCUUUGGUCCUUCUUCGAAGCUCUUGUUCUAGUUGCCAUGACAUUGGGCCAGAUCUACUACCUGAAGAGAUUUUUUGAAGUCCGGAGGGUUGUUUAAAAAGCCUUUUCCUGAUGAUCCGAAACUCAUAGUUCACUGUUUACCAAACAUCUUGGUCAGAAUAAUGUCAUUAGUUUGUAUGUUUUUAUUUUCGGAAUUGUAUGUUCACAGCCUGUUUCUUUGUGAUUAGUAGAUAUUGGGGAAAAGCCUUUUUAGGAAAAGGCUAGUGAAAAUUUGACAUCUGAUCGGCACAAUUUCUCAUUUGAAUUCUUCCUUUCUUUAUACAGGCCCUUCCAGAGCUCGAAUACUGAGAUGUAGGCACGUGGUCCUUACUCUUUCCUGUUUUCAUAGUUAAGUGCAGAUUGUUCAGGAUAGUACUUUACUAAAAUGACUGCAUUCUUUUGACCCCCUCAUCCUGCAGU